AUGCGAGUGGGAAUACUCCUGCACAUCUAAAACACAUUUACCGUCCUCAUUUACAUUGGCUGCCCCCUCUUGCUGACCAGUAUAUGCUUAGAGUGAUAUGUGGCAGUGUCACACCCUGUGCUUUUCAUGAUGCUGGGAAGGUGGGAGUACCGUGCUGCCUGUUGAGCCAUCAUCUGGAUUCUCAAGGGUUUGAUGACCACUUUCACUUUCAUUUUCACCCUCGCCAACGUGGCUAUCGCCAUAUCAAUUAUCCUUAAUGUGUUGUUUUUAAUAAUGGUGGCCUGUUUGCUGGGCAUUGUUUGUUUGUUGUGUAAAAAGGGCCCAGGUGAUGCCAAGUCUGAUGAAAAAAAUGAUUCCACAAAAAAAAGAGCUUUAAAGAACAUCAUGGUUGUAUUGGUACCCUUGACUAUAGUCUACUUCCCACUGCUGGGCCUGGCUCCUUAUCUACUAUUAGUUCAGACUUGCUCAAAAAGGCACAUUUAACUAUCUCUGUAGACAUUUGCUACCAUUCCAUAUUUUGGAGUCUGUAUUGGGCCCUUGUUCUAUAUAGCCCGCGUCAGGCAAAUGCUCUGUAUUUGGAAAAACCAAGCCAGAGACAAAAAGUCAACCACUAUAGACAAAAAAAAAAAAAAAAACUAA